CGGUCACACCUUGACCGUCGAAUAUUAUUUUUAAUUCAAAUUUAGAUAAAAGAAACUUCGGCACAGAAAAUGUAAGUGUUUAUGUAUGAAGUGAAUAAAAAAGCAAGCAAUGUGUUAAUAACACUAACUGCGCCAAGAUGUCGAUUUCAAAAUUAUUCGUGAAAGUUUUCAAUGAAGACAUUUUCGAGAACCUUGACCAAGAUAACUACUACAACUCCGACUUGGAAGAUGACUUUGAUGGGGGCAACUGUUCAACUGUCCCAGAUCCGCGAGUGCAAAAGCUUGACGAGCUCUCUGUGACAAAACAAAUGAUUAUUGUGAAGAACUGGUUGGAGGAUAAAUUUCAACAAAUACAAACGGAUAGCAAUGAGGAAAUACGUCGCCUCUACAUAGAUACGGAGGCCCGCAUUGGCCCUGAAUUGGCUAUAUUCGAUGUGGAUUAUACGACCACAGUGCGUGUGUCCGCCGAUAGACUGGCCUUGCGUUCCCAGGGCAGUUUCAACACGGUGCGCGCAAAUUGUUGCGUUUACGGCGGUCGCUGGAUGUAUGAGAUUAGCCUGCAUACUAAGGGAGUCAUGCAAAUUGGCUGGGCGUGCGGUUCCUGCACAUUUAACGAAAACAGCGGAGUUGGUGACACCAAGUAUAGCUAUGGCUACGAUGGUAGCAAGCAACAAGUGUGGCACAUUUCCACUAAGAAAUAUGGCGACAAAUGGCAAAUUGGUGAUAUCAUUGGUGUGACUAUCGAUGUGGAUCGCGAGAUCAUUGAAUACUAUCGCAAUGGGCGCUCCAUGGGAGUGGCCUUUGAUAAGAUUCAACGCGGACCUGGCAUUACAUUCUUUCCUGCCAUAUCACUAGGCUAUACGCAAGGCGUGCAAGCCAACUUUGGCAAUCGACCAUUUGUGUAUCCUUUGCCUGGCUUUCAGCCCAUCAUGGCGCGACCCAUUCUGAAGCUACGUCGUGCCAGCUUACUCUUGGACUACCUCAUCAAUUUGGCUGGUAUCUUUUCGCAUUACAAUGCCCAGGCCAAAAAUAAUACGUCCACCGAUGCCAGCGAAGUUCGAGUAUCGACAAAAAAGACAGUCUAUUGUAUAUUUGCAACAAUGCUAAUUGAGCGUUUUACCAACGAAGUUUUCGAUCCAUAUGUCAUUGAGGAUGUGCUUUUGUCACGCAUUUCUAGUAUGACAACACUGGCGGCAGAGAAGGAGAAUCCGUACAGCGUUUUAAAGAGUCUGUUGUCGUUGCUCUGGAAUUUCAUGGAGGGUGAUGAAGUGAAGUUUGUGCUCCGUAAACUGGUCAAUGCUCUGUUGGGCACAUUCAGUCACACUGUGCAGGGUGUAGAUUAUGAGAAGCAUCGACAGGCGCUAAGCACUUUGCAUUGCAUCUGCCUGCAUGAGCAAUCGCGCAAGUUUCUGCUUGAGAGCAAGCUCUUCAAAAAGCAUUGCCUGGCUUUCUUUUUAUACAUUCAUCCAUUGGAGUUCUAUAUAUUGGAAGAGCUGUUGCCAGACUAUAUGGCCUGGACACAGGGUAUAGAUGGGCCCAAGGACAAGUAUAUGAGUGUGGUGGAAAAAGUACGUAAAACCACAGAAAGCUUGUAUUUAGUACAAAAGGAUUUCCUCAACACACUGAUGCUCAACACAGACGGUGGCUCUGAUUCGCCUUCCAGCCGCAAGCUUUUCUUGAUUAAAAUGCGACGAUAUGUAAUAGAUCUUAGUAUGGAGCAACGCCCCUUUCAUGCGUUCUUCUUCAUGCAAUCGAGCAUACAACAUCCGCUUGAUGCACCGGUGGCUCUUGCAUUUGUCGCCAUUCUAAUCGAUCAAGUGCGUACGCUUUUUAAGGAGGAGCUGCCCAGUCAUGUUAUGGAAGUGAACACAGAUUUCUUUCUCGACGGAACCUUUGAUUAUAUGCACUUUGAUCGCGUUGGAGGCGUAUUGUCACAUCUGCGCAAGGUGCAUAGAGGUGACAUCGAUAGUCAUUUUGGCAUCGAGCGGUCUCAGCAAAUUUAUGAUGAGGAUCGCAAUUCGGUGCGAACCAACGAAGUGGAUACAACGCUCUACCUGCUAGGCGAAAAUAUCAACAAUAUGGCCGUGAUUGGACAUGCACAGGGGGCCAAUCACUCGACCUUUGCCCACUUUCUUAAUCCACGCGUCACUGUCAACUCUGAUGCUGCGCCAGGCAAUUCAACGACUGAGACUAGUGUGUGCGAGUUGUUGGAUAUUUGUAUCCUUUUCUACUAUUCGGCGGGGCACAAGUACAUUGUGAAGAUAGCAUCCGUGCGGGAUGAGAUCGCGACACUUAACGAAGUGCUGAUGGAGACUAAAUAUUAUCGAGAGGAUAUCGAAAGAAAGUUGAUAGCACUAGAGGAACAUGCAAAUGUCUGCAUGAAUGAGAACCAUCAGCAUGUGAUGACCGAAUUAAGAUCGAAAUUCAGUCAAAGGCAAAAUGUGUUUGCGACACGUUCCAUAUCGCUGGCAAGAAAACAAGUUUGGUUGCGUGCAGUUGCCUUAAGCAGCCAUCGGCGAUCGUUGUUCAUAUGGCUUUUGGAGCGUACGCUGCGGACCUUAUCGACUGCAUCGGGUAAAGGUGCUCUGUUUUCAUUUGUGCCUGAGGUUUACGUCAAUACCUUGCCAAUUUUGCUAGACACUGUGAUGGACUUUAGUCAUCAUGAUAUACGCGCUCAGUUCGAGAUGUUGGAUGCGGAGUGCAGUGUGAAUGCGGCAGCUGAAUUUCUAGCCAUGCAUUCGGCCGAUUCACGAAUAGUGCUAGCCUCCUGUAAGGACUCGCUGCUACAGGCUCUUGGCACACUAACAUGCCACAGAGGUGGCAUACGCGCUUUGGAACGUGCCUCGAAACGAGCUCAGGUGGCAUUAGUGCGUGCUUUGCUGCGUCCCUAUGAGAAUCGCGCGUGGGGACAAAGUAAUUGGUUAUUGCUGCGUUUCUGGCUAGGCGAGGGAUAUGCUUAUAAGGAUUCGCGUCAACCCAGUGUGUGGCAAGGUGGUUCACAGCCAUUAAAUCAGGGUCUUUGUCGAAGUCGUUCCCGCAACGAGACUCACACUGGAUUGCUGCAUAAUGUGGCUCCGGCAAAUCCGUCUAAGCAUUUUCAGCGCUUAAUUGGCAGCAAAUUGUAUGAAGAUGAGCCGUUUGCUACUACAUUCCUGAAUUCUGUGCUGAGUCAGCUGAACUGGGCUUUUUCUGAGUUCAUAUUGCUGCUCCAAGAGAUACAAAAUACGGCCCAGCGUCAGGAGAACACACUUUUUGAACCAAAGCAACUUAAGAUCUGCUCCAUGUGCUUUGAGUUGACAGUUUCAUUGAUGCGUUGCCUGGAAAUGAUCCUAACCGUCGCUCCAGAUGUUGUGGCCGAUGAUUCUCGUCCAAAUAGCGACUUGUUAUUGAAUCGCAUUUGUCAGCUCAUCAGCCAGGUGUUGUCACGCGUUACAGUUCCACCCGGCUGUUUUCAGUUUGUGGUGGACAUGUGCUCCGCAGACCUGAACGCAGUUACCCACUUUCCUAUCAUUAGUGCUGCGUUGGGCAUCUUGCUGGCCUUGUUGCGCAACGAAAUGGAUAAAGAUGUUUCACCUCAGAAGGUAACGCGCAUCUCACGUGCCUUUUUAACAGAUCCCAGUUUCCAGUUUGCCACUUUGGAGUUUGCACUGGGUGAGAUUCGUACGCCGCUGCUGGAGCAGAAGGAGAUUCCGCGGGGCAAUUUUGAUCCUUCAACGCGGCCAAAUAUCGAUCCACUAACGAAUGAUGUCCGUGUACCGAAUCCCAACAAUUCAAAGCGCAUUCGCGCUGAUCCGCCUAUUAUUAAAUUUGCCCUUAAUGAUUAUCCCACGCACGUAUCGCCUGAUGAAAUCGAAGAUGUACGUCAACUUAUUGAGAAUCUGCGCAUUAAGCAGUCUCUUCUCUCAGACAUAACACUGCCAUCGGAGGAUUCGUUGUGUCCAAUUUGCUGUGCCAAGCCCAUCACUGCCGUAUUUACGCCGUGCAAGCAUCAAUCGUGCAGCGAUUGCAUCAUGCAGCAUAUGAUGAACUCGAAGGUGUGCUUUUACUGUAAGACAACUAUACAGACUAUAGAGACGCUGGACGGCACACUUAUUUAUUCGAAUCUGGAGACAACUCAAUCACCAGUGCCCGAGAGUGCUUGAAUAACCCACCGCAAAUAACCACCAGCCACCAAAUCCCAAUAAAACCUACAAAUUCUAGUCACUUUCAAAAGGAUAAAUUGCUACGCUUCAAAUGUGGUUAGAUUCGCAUAUAUAAUUAUGUAUAUUACAUUAGGUAAAUUGCUUGCAAUUAUUUCCUUCAUGUGAUAUAACAAAGUGCAAUUGAAAACAGAAUCAGAAAAUAAAGAGGAACAGAAACUAUCAGAGGAAUUAAUAGAAACCAAAUCGAAUAGAUAGCACAUAUAAUUUAUGAUCUCAAGCGAUAACUUUCCGAUCUUAAACAGUAUUUCAUUUAUGUAAAAUAUGUUAAAUUAUUAUAUUAUUGUAAUAUUGAAUUUUUUGUGUUUAUUAUGCAUUUAUUAUUGCGAGUGCUUGCGUGUAGAAAAGAUAUUCACCAACUCGAAAUUGUUAAAUAAAUUAUGUAUACAUUUUGCAUUGGAUAA